ACCUCUGGUUGUUUUAUAGCUCACAAGCAAAUGAAAAUUUCCAACACCAACCACAGCUCCAAUAGUACUGCUGGUUUCAUCCUCCUUGGGUUCCCCUGUAGAAGAGACAUUCAGAUCCUCCUUUUCCUACUUUUCUUGAUCAUCUACAUCCUGACCCUUCUAGGAAAUGGUUCUAUCAUCUGUGCUGUGCAUAGGAACAAGCGACUUCACACUCCCAUGUACAUCCUCUUGGCCAACUUCUCAUUUCUAGAGAUCUGGUACGUCACCUCUACUGUCCCCAAUAUGUUGGCCAACUUUCUUUCUAAUACCAAGAUGAUCUCCUUCUCUGGAUGCUUCCUCCAGUUCUACUUUUUCUUCUCCUUAGGUGGUACAGAAUGUUUUUUUCUGGCCAUUAUGGCAUUUGAUCGGUAUCUGGCUAUCUGCCGACCUCUGCAUUAUCCCACCAUCAUGACAGGACGUCUCUGUGUCAACCUAGUGGUCAGCUGCUGGGUGACUGGAUUUCUAUGGUUCAUACUGCCCAUCAUUCUCAUCUCCCAACUGUCCUUCUGUGGCUCCAAAGUCAUAGACCACUUUCUUUGUGACCCAGGCCCACUGCUAGCUCUCACUUGCACCAGAGCCCCUUUGGUAGAAUUCACCUGCUCCAUUGUGAAUUCUCUACCACUGUUUAUUCCUUUCCUUUUCAUCAUGGGAACCUAUGCCAUGGUUCUGAGAGCUGUGUUGAGAGUUCCUUCAUCAGCAGGUCGGCAUAAAGCCUUCUCUACCUGUGGGUCCCAUUUGGCUGUGGUGUCACUGUUCUAUGGCUCUGUGAUGGUAAUGUAUGUGAAACCAACAUCAGGCCAUGAAGCAGGAGUACAGAAGAUUGUGACCCUCUUUUAUUCUGUGGUGACUCCAUUCUUAAACCCUUUGAUCUAUAGCCUUAGGAACAAGGACAUGAAGGAUGCCCUAAGGAAAAUACUGAGCACCUAA